CCCUCCUGCCUUGACCGACCAGUCGCUCAGCUCGCUCGCCUCACCCGCCGCCACCAUGUCGGCCAAGGUGCGGCUGAAGAAGCUGGAGCAGCUGCUCUUGGAUGGGCCCCGGCGCAACGAAAACGUCCUGAGCGUGGAGGGGCUGCUGGAUCUCCUGGUCGGGCUCUACACCGAGUGCAGCCGCGACUCGCCGCUUCGCAGGGACAGGCUCGUCUCCGACUUCCUCGAGUGGGCCAAACCAUUUACACAGUUGGUGAAGGAAAUGCAACUUCAUCGAGAUGACUUUGAAAUCAUAAAAGUCAUUGGCAGAGGUGCAUUUGGUGAGGUUGCAGUUGUAAAACUGAAGUGCACAGAGCGCAUUUAUGCAAUGAAAAUCCUAAAUAAAUGGGAAAUGCUUAAAAGGGCAGAGACUGCUUGUUUCCGAGAAGAGAGAGAUGUUUUGGUGAAUGGAGACUGUCAGUGGAUUACAACAUUGCACUAUGCUUUUCAAGAUGAAAACUAUUUGUAUUUAGUAAUGGACUACUAUGUGGGUGGUGAUUUGUUGACAUUACUUAGCAAGUUUGAAGACAAGCUUCCGGAAGAUAUGGCCAGGUUCUACAUUGGUGAAAUGGUUCUUGCUAUUCAUUCCAUUCAUCAGCUGCAUUAUGUGCACAGAGAUAUAAAACCUGACAAUGUUUUAUUGGAUGCGAAUGGCCACAUACGUCUGGCAGAUUUUGGAUCCUGUUUAAAGAUGAGCGAGGAUGGCACUGUACAAUCUUCAGUUGCAGUCGGCACCCCUGAUUAUAUUUCCCCUGAAAUACUGCAAGCCAUGGAGGAUGGCAUGGGAAAAUAUGGACCUGAAUGUGAUUGGUGGUCCUUAGGUGUCUGCAUGUAUGAAAUGUUAUAUGGAGAAACACCUUUUUAUGCAGAGUCACUGGUGGAAACCUAUGGGAAGAUUAUGAAUCAUGAAGAGAGGUUCCAGUUUCCAUCUCAUGUUACUGAUGUAUCUGAAGGAGCAAAAGACUUAAUCCAACGACUUAUCUGCAGCAGGGAACGUCGUCUGGGGCAGAAUGGAAUAGAAGAUUUCAAAUCACAUGCAUUUUUUGAAGGACUCAAUUGGGAUAAUAUCCGAAAUUUAGAAGCACCCUACAUUCCAGAAGUUAGCAGUCCUUCAGAUACAUCAAAUUUUGAUGUAGACGAUGAUAUAUUGAGAAACCCUGAAAUGAUACCACCCGGUUCUCAUACUGGCUUUUCUGGGUUACAUUUACCUUUUGUUGGCUUUACCUACACAACAGAAAGCUGUUUUUCUGAUCGAGGUUCACUUAGAAGUGUAAUGCAGUCCAGUAGCAUAACCAAAGACGAGGAUGUCCAGCGUGACCUGGAGAAUAGCUUGCAAAUAGAGGCAUAUGAGAGGAGAAUACGAAGACUGGAACAGGAAAAGCUGGAACUGAGUAGGAAGCUGCAAGAGUCUACCCAGGCUCUUCAGUCCCUUCAUGGUUCUACUCGCUUAACAGUGAACACAAAUAGGGAUAAAGAAAUAAAAAAGCUAAAUGAAGAAAUUGAACGCUUGAAAAAUAAAAUAGCAGAUUCAAAUAGGUUAGAACGGCAGCUUGAAGAUGCAGUGACAUUGCGACAGGAACAUGAAGAUUCCACCCACAAGUUAAAAGGCCUUGAAAAGCAAUGCAGGAUACUCAGGCAGGAGAAGGAAGAUCUUCAUAAGCAACUCCUUGAGGUAUCCGAAAGAUUAAAGAUACAGUCGAAAGAAUUAAAGGAUGCUCAUCAGCAAAGAAAGCUAGCAAUGCAGGAGUUCUCAGAACUGAAUGAGAGGAUGGCAGACUUGCGUUCUUACAAGCAGAAACUCUCUCGACAACUCCGUGACAAAGAGGAAGAAGUGGAAGUGAUCAUGCAGAAAACUGACUCUAUGAGACAAGAAAUGCGUAAAUUGGAAAAAGCAAGGAAAGAGCUAGAAGGACAACUUGAUGAUGCACUAGCAGAAGUAUCAAAAGAGCGGAAACUUAGAGAAUGUAGUGAAAAAGCAGCUAAACAGCUGGAAAAUGAACUGGAAACACUAAAGGUAAAGCAAGGAGGACGCAGUGCAGGAAUGGCCAUGCAGGAGCAUCAACAGGAGCUAGCUAAAGUGAACUCAGAGCUUCAGAAUAAAAUUUCAUUUUAUGAAGAAGAGUUGGUCAGGCGAGAAGCUUCCCAUGUCUUGGAAGUAAAAAAUGUGAAAAAGGAGACACAUGAUUUAGAAAGCCAUCAGCUUGCACUUCAAAAAGAAAUCAUGGUAUUAAAAGAUAAACUGGAUAAGGCAAAACGAGAGAAGCACAGUGAGAUGGAAGAAGCUGUGGGAACUCUAAAAGACAAAUAUGAACGAGAGAGAACGAUGUUGUUUGAAGAUAAUAAGAAAUUAACGACUGAAAAUGAAAAGCUUUGUUCCUUUGUCGAUAAACUGACAUCACAAAACAGACAGUUAGAGGACGAGCUUCAGGAUUUGGCAGGAAAAAAGGAAUCUGUGGCCCAUUGGGAAGCUCAGAUUGCAGAAAUCAUUCAAUGGGUGAGUGACGAAAAAGAUGCACGCGGCUAUCUUCAGGCACUAGCUUCUAAGAUGACAGAAGAACUUGAAUCUUUAAAAAGCUCUAGUCUGGGAUCAAGAACACUGGAUCCACUCUGGAAAGUGAGACGUAGUCAGAAGCUGGAUAUGUCAGCAAGGCUGGAAUUGCAGUCUGCUCUUGAUGCUGAAAUACGUGCCAAACAGCUAGUUCAAGAAGAAUUAAGGAAAGUUAAAGAUGCCAAUCUGUCCUUUGAAAGCAAACUAAAGGAAUCUGAAGCAAGAAAUCAGGAACUCUUGGAAGAAGUUGAAGGUUUAAAGAAGAAACUGGAGGAAAAAUACCGAUCUGAUGCAGGUCUUAAACUUUCAGAUUUUCAAGAUUCCAUUUUUGCGUACUUCAAUACCUCUCCUCUUACACAUGAUCUAACUUUCAGAACAAAUUCUGUUAGUGAGCAGGAAGUACAAGGUACAAAGACUGAGGUGUCACUGUCAACUUCUGUUGCAACUGCAGAACAGCAGCAGCAAGAAGAACCAAUUCGGCUUCAGAGGAUGCCUGCUGCUCCCUCCCCCACCAUUCAGUCCAUUUCUCUAGCUGUACCAAAGCCUAAAGCUCAUCAACUAAGUAUCAAAUCCUUUUCAAGCCCAACUCAAUGCAGCCACUGUACAUCUCUCAUGGUGGGAUUGAUUAGACAGGGUUAUGCUUGCGAUGUGUGUUCAUUUGCAUGCCACGUUACCUGCAAAGACAGUGCACCACAAGUUUGUCCUAUACCUCCAGAGCAAGCCAAGCGACCUCUUGGAGUAGAUGUUCAAAGAGGCAUAGGAACAGCCUAUAAGGGCUAUGUCAAGGUUCCAAAGCCAACAGGAGUUAAGAAAGGAUGGCAGAGGGUUUAUGCAGUUGUCUGUGACUGUAAACUUUUCCUCUACGAUGUGCCUGAAGGAAAAUCCACUCAGCCAGGAGUUGUUGCAAGUCAAGUUAUGGAUCUCAGAGAUGAAGAGUUUUGUGUGAGUUCUGUCCUAGCAUCGGAUGUUAUACAUGCAACCCGUAAAGAUGUUCCUUGUAUAUUCAGGGUGACGGCUUCUCUCUUAGGCUCUCCUUCAAAGACGUGCUCUCUGCUGAUCCUAACAGAAAAUGAGAAUGAGAAGCGAAAGUGGGUUGGAAUUCUAGAGGGACUGCAAUCUAUUCUGCACAAAAAUAAACUCAGAAAUCAAGUUAUACAUAUUCCACAGGAAGCCUAUGACAGUACACUGCCUCUCAUUAAAACCAGCCUAGCUGCUGCUAUUAUAGAUCGAGAUAGAAUAGCAAUUGGUUCAGAUGAAGGACUCUAUGUCAUAGAAGUCACCCGUGAUGUGAUUGUUCGAGCUGCUGAUUGCAAGAAGGUCUACCAGAUAGAACUUGUUCCCAAAGAGAAAAUUAUUAUUCUUAUUUGUGGUCGGAAUCGUCAUGUUCACUUGUAUCCUUGGUCUUCCCUGGAUGGAUCUGAAAGCAGCUUUGAUGUCAAACUUCCUGAAACAAAAGGCUGCCAGUUCAUUACAACUGGAAUGCUGAAGAAGAGCUCCUUACCGAGUUUAUUUGUGGCAGUUAAGCGACAGAUUCUCUGCUACGAGAUUCACAGAACUAAACCUUUCCAUAAAAAGUUCAGUGAAAUCCAAGCUCCUGGUCAUGUACAAUGGAUGGCUGUAUUCAAAGACAGGCUUUGUGUUGGCUACCCAUCCGGUUUCUCUCUGUUGAACAUCCAAGGAGAUGGACAGUCUAUAAGCCUGAUAAAUUCCACUGAUUCUUCACUUGCAUUCCUCUCACAACAGUCAUUUGAUACCCUUUGUGCUGUGGAGCUCAGCAGUGAGGAAUACCUACUUUGCUUCACCCUAUUGGGAGUAUACGUUGAUGCUCAAGGUCGAAGAUCACGUAUGCAGGAACUAAUGUGGCCUGCGACUCCAGUUGCGUGUAGUUGUAAUCCAUCCUAUUUAACCGUGUACAGUGAAUAUGGGGUUGAUGUUUUUGAUGUUAACGAUAUGGAAUGGGUUCAAACUAUCGGUUUAAGAAAGAUCCGACCUCUAAAUGUUAAUGGCACAUUGAAUCUCCUUAGUUGUGAACCUCCUCGGCUAAUUUAUUUCAAGAACAAGUUUUCAGGAGGAGCUGCUCUUAGUGUGCCAGAAACAUCUGACAACAGCAAAAAGCAAAUGCUUCGUACUAGAAGCAAAAGACGAUUCGUCUUUAAAGUUCCCGAGGAAGAAAGAUUACAACAAAGACGGGAGAUGCUCCGAGACCCUGAGCUCAGAUCCAGAAUGAUUUCCAACCCCACCAAUUUCAACCAUGUGGCUCAUAUGGGACCAGGAGAUGGAAUGCAAGUGCUCAUGGAUCUGCCAUUGACUGGUUUACCUUCUUCUCAAGAUGAAAAGGUUUGCCCUCCAACAAGCAACAUUUCACGCCAAGCACCUCCCAGAAAUAAAAGCUACAUUUCAUGGCCAUCUUCAAGUGGCAGUGACCAGGGAGCAACCGUGCCCUUGCGAAGUAUGUCUGAUCCAGAUCAGGAGUUUGACAAAGAGCCUGAUUCGGAUUCUACCAAACACUCAACUCCUUCCAACAGCUCUAACCCAAGCAGCCCCCCAAGUCCCAACUCUCCCCACAGGAAUCAGCUGACACUAGAUGGAUUAGACCAAUCAACCUGUGAUGCAUAACACUGCAGCUCUCUCCACUGUUUCUCCCAUUUGGGAUUGCCUGCUGUGUCGUGGAGCAUCAAAAGCAGGACAUCUGUCUCCAACAACAGUGCCAAGACUGAUGCUUAAUUUUUAGCAUUGCACAGAAGUAAAUUCCUGUAUCUAGAUUGUAGAUUUGAGGGCAUAAAAAAGGAGGCAAGAGAUCUUUAUUGCUAUAGUAACAAAAUUGUUUUUUUUUUAAUGUAAACUGUUCACUCUUACUCUCAAGGUGGAUCCAUUUCUGCACAGCUGUGAUUCUCUCAUGACAUACAGUAAAGGCUACUGAUAAAAUCUUCAUACUUAAACUGAAAAAAGAGAGAUGCUGAUAGUUUUUAUUACUAUACAGUACCAGGAAUAUUAUUUUUCUAUAGGAUAACGUAAUGUCUCAUUAUCAGCAAAUUCUUUUUAGAAAAAAAUCCAGACCUUUUGAGUAUGAAGUAAAAGCAGUCUAGUUACAUCCUUGGCUAAAUAUAUUCAAAAUAUAUUGUUUCUUUCUUUUUUCAAAGUUUAGAGGGAUGAUAGGAAGUUGUAGGGCCAUUUCCAGCUUCAGUAGAAUAAAACAGGAAAGUGAAAACAGAACUUCUAGAUUGUGGCCUUUUAACUUACUUAGCCAUUACAUAUGUUCUCCGCUGUAUAAAUGUCUUUCUACUGAAAUUUUAGUCAUGUACAUAAAGGACCAGAAAUGUUUUAUCCUUACCCUACUUUUUUAGAUCUGAUUAGCUAGGACAAGGCUUUUUUUAAAAAAACAACAUACUGUUGGAAAACAGAUUUUACUGUUUUUCUUGCAGUCCAUCUUCUCAAACAUUUUUGUAAUUUCUCUUGGAUUUUUUUUCAGAGUAAAAAGAUAACACUACAUUUUUAAAAGUUUUACUAGGCCAGCAUUCUCUUGAGAUUGCCCCCCCGAUGGCUGCUUGUAUGAAGGGAUUGUGUAGUAAUAAAUUGCUUCUGAUUUUUCUUGGUAACCAAAGUGGAAGCAUAGAGGGGUGUGUAUAUGAGGGUACCUCGUCUUUUCCCCCCACUUUCCUUAAUUCAUUAUAUCUUCACCUGCAUGAUGAUCCAAACCCCAUGAUUGCUCAUUAAAAGUACUGAAUGUGUAGGGGAGGAAAUGCACAGCACAUUCCUGUAUAUUUUGCAGCAGUGACAUAUUACAUGUAUAUUUAAUCUCAUGCUUCCAUGUAUUAUACAUUUAGUAACACUAUCUACCCGCCCAUCCUAGUGAUCAUGUUUCAUUUAAAAGCAUGUAAUUAAUUCUAUGGCUGGCAUAUUCAGUUUGUCAUUGUCACACUAGUGUGCCUUCUGUGCCAAUUUGAUGACAGUUGGAUGUCAAUUGUUUUAAAAUCUGGUUUCUAUGGGCUAAUGCUAUACCAAUGGCUAACACUCUUCCCUGAGACACUGUAUAGGACAUGCACUUAUCCCUAGUUUAAACCAAGUGGUUCUAGUCAACAUUUAAUUCUGUUUCAUUAAGUGUUUGACAAUAUUUGCUCUUUCUCAGAUUCUUGAUUAAUAAAGCUCAGUUUGAGCUGGACACUACUGCUUUGGGGUUUUUCUGGUUUUUACUCUUUUUUUUAAAUGUAUGUCUCAAGUCUUUGUAAUUAUUGAAUUGUGAGAACAUUUUUGAACAAUCUACUUGUCAAUAAAGCAGAAGAGGGAUGUUUUAAAAGUU